AUGUAUCGAAACUACGGGAGUCUUGGUAGAGGAACUGAUCAAACCUUCACAGGAAUCGAUACUGGGUCAAGUUCGAACCCCACAACUAUCUCUACUGGUACUGUAACCACCCAACAGCAACAGCAGAAAUAUUCCAUGGCAGGGGCCAGUCAGUUUGUACCAAGUCUAAAUGCCAUCACUUCCAAUCAAGAACUUCAGUGGCUGGUCCAACCUUCUCUUCUGGCCACCCCUGGACCUUCAAGGUCUCCUCGACCCCCUUACCCACUACCCCCGAGGAUUGGAUCCAUGAACCCAAACCCUACCCAUGGACAUCUCCUUCGCCCAGGGGUCAUCAGAGCAGCGUCGGGUUCUGGAAGCUCAACGCGACGCAGAAAUGACGAACACCUGUCCCCUGAAGAACUUGAGAGGCGCAGAAUCCGUAGGGAGCGAAACAAAAUGGCCGCAGCUAAAUGCAGGAACCGCCGACGUGAGCUAACCGAGACCCUGCAAAGCGAGACGGACCAGUUAGAGGAUGAAAAGUCACGUCUUCAGAAGGAGAUUGCUGACUUAGAGAAGCAAAAAGAGAAGCUUGAACUGGUUCUUGAGGCCCACCGACCCAUUUGCAAAGUCCAGGACUCUGACUCUGAUUCUGAAUCCAGUACAGACCUUCCCACCCUGAGCAGCAUUAAGAUCGAGCCUGUGGAUUCUGAGCUGCCUGGUCCAUCCACAAAGUUUCAGGCCAAAGGCGAGAAACCCAAGCCUAAAAUCACAAUCCCGCCCGUGCCUCCAACUUCCUCCAGUGGCAUUGCUCCUUUGGAUUCCGAGUCUCUUCACACUCCCAUCCUCAUCUCCACCCCUUCGCUCACUCCUUUCACGGCUAGCUUGGUCUUCACCUAUCCCUCCGGUUCUCUGGACACUAGUUCUGGCAUUUCGUCUCAACACCUUGGUACCUCUGCUUCCACUUCAGCGUCUGCCCUACAUGGUGUGUCCCCGCAGGCCCGAAAUCAAGAGCCUUGUGGUAUUGCCCAUCGCCGUAGCAGCAGCAGCGGGGACCAGUCAGAUCAUUCGCUCAACUCUCCAACUGUCUUGACCUUAUAA